AUGCCCAAAGCGGACAAUAUCACUAGUGGGCUGAGUUGUUAUAUGGAAUCAGCUACUGAUACUUAUAUCGAGCGGGUUGACGCGCAAAGAGAUCGAGAAUCACAUUACCUUAUCAAUGCCUUUCAACUAAUAGGGAUGUCAUCAUGUCUAGAUCUUUCUGGAUUUUUUGAGAAAGAGGACAUUUCUGAGAGGAAAAUCAGAUUUACAUCAACUCUCUUACCAAAACAGUUGCUGGACAGGAUUGAGAAUACAGUAACACAAAUGGGAUUUCAAGUCCAAAAAAGACAUGGAAAGUUGAAAGUGUUACAAGAGUACAAAGAACAGAAAUGCCCAACUACUCUCUCGGUAAUCGCAGAGGUAUUCGAGAUUAGUCCAUCCUUGUAUGGCGUAGAGUUGCAAAAGUCUUCGGGGGAUUCAAUAGUAUAUAGACAGUUGUGUAAUAGGGUAUCGAGUGAUUUGGGUGUACAACGGACUACAGAGAUCUUAAUUUAG